AUUAGCAGGCUAUUACCUCAUUCGAGGUGGUUCUCUUGCAUGUGACAAAGACAGGUACUGAGCACAUCAUUUUGGGAGAGUCUGCACAGAUAGCUUCCUGCAUAGAAACAAACACCUCCUCGAAAAAGCUCAGGGUGCAUCCUCAACAGCAUGACAAUGUUGGAAUCUGCCUUGAUUUUUUUGACGGUAGGUAAAUGAAAGCCUCACGGUGCCCAUUAGCGCGGUGCGCCAGAUGAUUGGUACAGGACGGAAGUCCCACGAGAGCGCGCCACGUGACCAGCUCUGCCACGAGACGUCAGUGGCAGAUGGCACGGGUACCCGCGCUGGCAGUUGGCACGGGUGUCACUUUUCUCACAGAGAGGGAGAGAGAGACAGAGAGUGAGAGGAGGGUGAAAACGAGAUUAAAGGAAUUCUAAGUGGCUCACAGCAGACACAUGGAAGGCGCAUGGUGCUGAGACUGAGUGGAAUUUUGGAACAUGCGAGCUAAAUAUUAAGAGAAAAAAAAGCAGGGACAAUGUUGACCGCGCCACCAGAUGAGCCAGACGCAAUGCGUGAGCCUCAGUUCGGAGCGAGCUUUCCACGUUCAAGCAUCCAUGACAGUCUGAGACAAGAGCAACAAGAUCAUCGCAGACAACGGUUCGAGAAUUUAGACCUACGUGACGAACGAUCGGACAGGGACGAAGAAGAAAGAGACGAAGACCAAGACGAAGAGCAGGACGAGGGCGGUCUAAACAAAAGGCGCAAUCCAAGAAGACGCCAGUCAGGCGCCACGUGCUCGGACAGGGCCCGGCUGCGGCGCCAGGAGGCGAACGCACGCGAGCGCAGUCGGAUGCACGGUCUGAACAGUGCGCUGGAGAGCCUACGCAAGGUUGUGCCGUGCUACUCAAGUGCUCAGAAGCUGUCCAAGAUAGAAACCCUGCGUCUGGCCAAGAACUACAUCCGGGCCUUGUCAGAGACGCUCAGUGCUGGCACACGGCCCGACCUCGUGGCGUUUGCACGAACCCUGUGCAAAGGUCUAUCUCAACCCACCACCAACUUGGUAGCGGGGUGCCUGCAGCUGAACGCGGGACGUUUCCUCGCCAGUCCUGGUGACGUGUCGCCUCCGUGCGAUGCCCCCUACGCGUAUGCGAACGCAGAAACGAGCCGCGCAGACGCCUCCAAACAUUUCCGCCCUUUCUCCUACUGCAACAUGUUUGACUCCUAUUACAACAGCGCGUCUCCGGACAGCCAGCUCAGCCCGCCUAUGAACUAUAACGGCGUGUUCUCGUUUCAGAAACCCGACGAGCAGACGGAGUGCGUCGCGAGCUGCCGGUACGGCGCGACAUGCUGCGGCGCCCCGGGACGCGCUUCCAUCAGCCGGCCUUCCGCCUACACAGCGUCUCCUGACAGCCACUUUCCAAACGAGCUGCGCAUGCGCAAUCAGCCCUUCCAAACCCAAGAACAAUUGAACCCGGUGUACCAUAAUUAAAGAGCCGCCCUGAAAGCACUGAACGGCGAGGCGGAACCGAGUUCAUUUCCCUUAUUAUAAUGUGUCUUAAUCUAUUUAUUAUUUAUUAUUUAUUAUUUAUUGCCUGAAUUUUACGGCAUAGUUUAUUCUCUGUUUAUUGUAUUACCUAAAUGUCCUACCUUAUUUAUUGCACUCUAAUAAAUGUCAUAUUGUUAAAUGUCUUGUAUUUAUUUUUAUUUCCUUCUAUCGAUUUACACUUGUGUUUUUGUUUUUAUUUGACUUUUGUGUUUAAUUUUAUUGCAAUUUUCUGCACGGCACCUUUUAAAACAAGUGCUGCCUGAAAUAUUAUUAUUAUUAUUAUUAUUAUUAUUAUUAUUAUUAUUAAUAUUAUUAUUAUUACCACCAGUAAUACUACUGCUUCUUUAUCUUGUUGUUGUCUACUUAUUAAGGAACACUAGGCCUAUAUGCAGUACAAGGCCUGCAUUACGAUUAUUAAUUAUAAUAAUUCAUGAAAAGCCAUUAGUUAUUAUUUUAUCUAGUUGAAAAACAAACAAACAAACAAACAAAAAAAUCUAUAUUCAAUAGU